CCUGGGAAAAACUUUUUAUUCUUUCUUACCUCGACAAUGCUCCAGGUGCUACUAUACAUGAAACAGCUAACAAAUUUCAAAUUGAAACCAAACAAAUUCAGGAUUGGAGAAAUAAGCGAGAACAGCUACUAUUAGCUCAACCACAUGUUAAACGUCUUAAUGCUGGUGCUAAACCAUGUUAUCCUAAUCUUGAAGAAGAACUCGCUAAAUGGGUUCAAGCUUUGCAUGCUAAAUUAAAUCCAGUUAGCCAUCAUAUGAUACAAACAAAAGCAGCAACAUUAGCAAAAUCUACACAAUAUAUUUCUCAAUAUCCUGAUAUUAAUAAGUUUAAUAACCAUCGUAGAAUGACUAUUGCACAAAAAUUACCAGAAGAAUUAGAAGCACAAUGGCAAGAAUUUUUAAAUUUUGUCUAA